AAUGCCGUAAAGCAAUGGAUUGCGUUGCCAAUAGCGACGUAAUGCAGGAAGUAACUCUAAAUUCCACACCUUUCGUGUUUUUGACAGCUUAAGAUUGAUAUUUUGUCCCUCGUCCAACUGCAAAUGCGUCUUAAUAUUUGAGGAAGACAAUAUCCUUAACCGGCUCUUGUGUUGCCAUAGGGACCUGUUCAUGAGUCGCGGUAGGAACCCCCCACCCCGGGGUCAAGGGGCAGCACGGGCCAAGCAGAUGGGGCUGCUCCUGGAUCUGGGUGGAGGGGUGGAUGAAGGAGGGAAUGAAGAAGAACUGGAGGCGGAGCUUCUGGCUCUAAUGGAGGGAGGAGGGUCGUCAGGGAAGAAAGGGGGAGGCAAAGCUCCUGUUCCUAUGGCAGACAUUGAGCGCAUGGCUGCCCUCUGCAUGAAAGAUCUGGACGAGGAAGAGGAUGGUGGAGAAGAGGUUGAUGAUGAUGAAGAUCUUCUGGCGGAGCUGAAUGAGGUGCUGGAGGACGAGCAGGAGGAGUCCUCACGCCCCGUCCCUCCCCAGCCCGCCGGCCCCUCCCCCCCUGGCUCCUCCCCCGGGGGCGGGGCCAGCCUGGAGGGGCUCCUGGCAGAGCGGGUCAGCAUGUAUCAGACGGCCAUCACCAACGCCAGGGCUGCAGGGGAGGGCAGCAAGGCCCGCAGAUACGACCGUGGACUGAAGACUCUGCAGUCUAUGCUGGUGUCUGUCAAAAAGGGAAAACCAAUCAACAAAGAGGAGAUCCCGCCUCCCGUCGCCAUUGGUGGAAAACUUGCUCCCGCCCCUCAACCUGAACCAAUCAAACAGCGGGAUCCUCCAGCCCUAGCUCUGACACCCUCCCCUCAGGCCAAUCAGAAACCUCUGAGGGAGGCUGCUCCGCCUCCCCCUAAUACUAAGUCCCGCCUCCUCACCCCUCCACAGAAGACAACUGUGGUUACCCCGGAUACGCCCGCCAUCUCCCCACUGACCCCCUGCCAACCAAACGCUCAACACUCAGAGGGGAAGCUGAGGGUUCUGUCCAGACAGAGGGAGUACAAGCUAGCAGCUCUUCAGGCCAAGCAGGGCGGAGAUUCAGACAUGGCCAAACAACUCUACCACGUCGCCAAGAAUCUGGACUCUGUAGUGGAGGCGCUGGACAGAGCAGAGCCGGUGGACCUCAGCUCUCUACCGCCCCCUCCAGAUGCUGUGGUGGAGCGUACUGCACCUCCUCCCCCCAAGUCUUCCAGCCGGCCUGCCCCUGCUGCAGUGCCCCCUGUGGCAGACACUGCGCUGCCCGCCCCUGGCAGCGUGGGAGAGGCCCUGCAGCAGAGGAUGAACAGGUACAAGGCUGCAGCAGAAACAGCCAAGAGCAAAGGAGACGACCGCAAGGCUCGCAUGCACCUGCGCAUCGUCAAGCAAUACCAAGACGCUCUCAGGGCUCACAAAAUGGGGCGUCCCAUCAACCUGGCAGACCUCCCUGUGCCACCUGGAUGCCUUCCUCUCCAGGGCUCAGAGAGCGUCCAGCAGAACUUCCUGGGUGUGCUGGAGAACGCCAUGAAACUGGCCAAUCAGGAUGCGGAUGGGGACGACGACGAGGGCGAGCCGGGGGAAGUCGCCAUGCCAGCUGUUCGACCUACUGCCCAGAAAACCCAAGCCCCUCCCCCACCAGGAGGAAACCCCGCCCCCACACAGGGCUCCAAGUUGGGCCCUAAAGCCCAGCAGCAGCUGGACUUCCUGCUCCUGCGGCGGCAGGCGUUUGUGCGCGCGGCGCUGCGCUCCAAGCAGAUGAAGGACAUGGCGGGCGCUGCCCAGCACCUCCGACACGCCAAGGGGCUGGACCAGAUGAUCACCGCUGCCAAGGGAGGCCUGCCUGUAGACAUCACCAAGGUCCCCAGUGCUCCGGUCAGUGAGGAGGAGUACUCCCUGGGCCGCUCCCGCUCCUCCCCCCUCUCCCCCCGCUCCGCCCAGCAGUACAGCCAGCUCAUGGAGCUGCUCAAGCAGCAGCACGAGAAGUGCCUGAAAUACUCUCAACAGUUCACUCAUAUGGGCAACGUAGCAGAGACCAGCAAGUUUGAGAGACUGGGGGAGGAGUGUGUGAGCAGUAUUGAGGUGCUGAAGAAGGCUCAUGCUAAGGGCCGACCUGUCCCCAAGUACCACACUGAGGAGAGGACCUUCAACACCGUCAAGCUCUUCCCUGACCUGACUGCUAACGACAUGAUUCUGUACAUCGUGAGGGGCAUCAACCUGCCCCCCCCCUCAGGCGUCUCCCCCGGCGACCUGGACGCCUGCGUCAAGUUUGAGUUCCCCUUUCCCAGCGCGGAGGAGGCGCAGAGAGACAGGACCUCCACAGUGAAGGGCAGCAGCAGUCCUGAGUUCAGGCAGCAGUUCAAGCUGAACAUCAGCCGAGGGCACCGAGCGUUCAAACGCCUUGUCCAGACCAAGGGCAUCAAGCUGGAGGUCCUCCACAAGGGCGGACUGUUUAAGACAGACAAGGUUGUGGGGAACGCCCAGCUGAAGCUGGAAGCUCUGGAGAACCAAUGUGAGAUCAGAGAGAUCAUAGAGGUGCUGGACGGGCGCAAGGCCACGGGGGGGCGUCUGGAGGUGAAGGUGAAGAUCAGAGAGCCUCUGGGAGGAGCCCAGCUGCAGAGCACCACAGAGAAGUGGCUGGUGCUGGACCCCCCCUCCCCCCCCUCCCCCCCCCACAGGGAGAAGGAACGGGCCCCUCCCCCCAGGUCCCAGCCCAGGCCCGCCCCCGGCCCCGCCCCCGGCCCCGCCCCCGCCCCCGGCCCCGCCCCCGGCCAGCCCAGCCCAGCUCCACCACAGUACAAACUCCACAGCUUCAGUCUGCUGCACUAUGACAAGGAGAGACUCGAGAGGAAGAUUGGUGAGUACAGGAAGAGUAGGCGGGAGCCUCCUCCUGAUUGGCUGCAGCAGCACAGGGAGGUGACACACAGACUGCAGUGGCAGAAGGGCUAUCUAGACAGGGCCUCUCCUGCACUGCUGACAGAGUAUGAGCACGUGUUGCAGAGGUUCAUCCAGGGCCUGGUGGAGUCUGUCAAGAAGUUCUCCAGUCAAGGAAACAGGGAUGCUGCUAAGGAUGCUCUUGGUCGUCUAAAAAUGGUGGAGAGUGAGAUGGAGUCCUUGAAGAGAAAACGCACUGCUUGAGGAGCGGGUUGGCUGGAACACUGUUAUUAUAAAGCUCCUAACACAGACACACACACAGACAGGGGCCAGCUUUAAGAACCUGUAGCAUUAUCAUAUAAGAUGCUGCUCCCCCUCUCUUCCUCCAUCCCCCUCUCUUCCUCCAUCCCCUCUCUUCCUCCAUCCCCCUCUCUUCCUCCAUCCCC